AUCGUAAACAGUAUGAAAUAUGUAAACAUGCAAGAGACGGACGAGGAAAGGCGGGAUAAUGUGGAUUGAUAAACGCUGCAAGUUGGUGAAUAUGACAGUAACCACGAAGUAGAACUCAUUCAUUUGUAUAUCCAAAAUGAGUGUCGGACAGCUGGUUUCAGCAGGCGACGAUAUAAAGUUGUGGAAUGACGUUGAUUUCUCAUUUUUGAAACAGUACAAUCCUCAUGACCAAAACAUCUCAGAUGUAUGCUGGAGCCAUGAUAAUACAUUUCUAGCUAGUGUUGCAGUAAACAGUGAUAAAAUAUCUAUUUACUCAUGCAAGGCUUCAGGUUUUCCCAUUGCUACACUGGAGUGUUCGCCUGGGAGAUUGUGUUUGGACCUUACUUCAACAUCAAGGUACCUUGUAAUAGGGGGCUCCGACAAUAUCAUCAAUGCUUGGGACCUAAAGUCCAGGACAGUAAAAAAGACAUACAAGGAUCACAAAGGCCCAGUAAGCUGUGUCUUGUUUAAUGCCAAUGAUUCUCACAUAGCCUCCGGAUCAGAGUCAGGGGAGAUAAUAGUGUACAAUGUUGUGACCGGACAAGGUUGUAGGCCGAUGACUGCUCCAAAAGUGCAGGCAAUAAGACAACUGCAGUUUAAUUCAGUCAAGAAGUCUCUGUUGGGAUCUGUGUCGGAGGAUGGAGCAGUCAAUUUGUGGGAUAUCAACACACGUCGUCUCCUGCACAGCUACAAUACAGCCCACAUUGCCUCUGCCACUGGACUGCAGUUCUCGCCUCUUAAUGACAUUUUGCUGCUCUCUGUCGGACUGGACAAGCGAAUUAUUUGCUUUGAUGUCCAAAGCAAAAAACAGGUGAAGAGUAUAAGUGUUGACUCUCCUCUGACGUCUGUUGAUGUGAAAUCAGAUGGUGUGACAGUGUUGGUAGGGUCCACUCGAGGAAAGGUCUUUUUGUAUGAUCUAAGGAAAGCUGACUCCCCCUUCCAUGUGUUUAAUGCCCAUAGGUCUUCUGUACAACGACUGAAAUUUGAAAACAAAUCUACGAUACCGAGAGGUUUAGAAUCAUCAAACCUUAAUGACUUUCAAACCUUAAGUAAGCAAGAAUCCUAUGCAGUGAAAGCUAAACUUGCCCAAUCUGAAGCAGAUGGACUCUCCCCAAGCAGACGACAACUUCCUGCUGCUCCAAGCAAUCAGGUUAAAGAACACGUGCUGAAAGAUGUAGAAUCAUGGCCAAUGUCCACAUUUUUAGAGUAUCUUGAAUUUGAUAGUUCUGGUGACGAGACAGCACAGCCUACCUCCAGUCCCACAGUGACAGAGAAAAUGAACCUGUACUCCUACAAGAACGUCAACUCACCGAAUCAGAGCGAUGGUGUUUUUUCUCCUAUGAGAGAACACAGGGAAUCAUAUGGGAACAGUGCAGUUUCUCCUUUGGAAGAUACAAGCAGACCCUCGGCUGAAUCAGUUAGGAUCAGCAACAUAACUCCUCUCAGAUCUGAUGUCAGCAGCAUUAAGAGUCAUAAUGGCACCAUGGGACUGUCUCCAGUGUUGGGGCCUUUUGGUGGGUCACCAGAAAACUUGUUGAUGGAUCAACUCUCAACUUCUAUGAGUCGCCCAGUAGACCGACAUUUAUUAGAGCCAGCAGAAUCACAAGCUUCACCAACUCCAUACUCUGAAUUAGACAUGCAGAGACCAUCAGCUUUUACAAGAAGUAGUGAGAAUCAAAACCUGCCCAAUUCCUUCAUUCAAACAGUAAAUGAUGAUAGUGCCAGUCCCGUGUUUGGAAGAGACUUUGAUUCGUACAGCAGAGCAAGGAAUGGAAGUAACACAUUAAUGAAAAACAGUAGAUAUGAUGAAUCUCCAAGUGCUAGCUCGGGAGGAGGUGAUGGUGUUUCCCCAUAUAGAUUGACUACUUCCCCUGAGGGAGCUCAGAGUGUACCCAUAGCAGAUGUAGCAAUUCCAUCGAAAUUUCCAGGAUCACAAACAAAUCAGAACUUCCAAACGCAAGUCAUACGCAAUCUUAUCAGUGAAGAGUUAGAAGAUUUCAAAGAUCAGAUUCACAAAGACAUUCUGCAACUACAAGUUGAGAUGCUCAGACAGUUUCAGAUACAGAUGAAGGAAAUGACAAAUGUUUUCAAGCAGCAUUCAUUGAACCAGGAGCUUCUCCAAGAGGUGGAGCGUCUAAGAGAGGAAAACAAACGUUUGAAGAGAAACUUCUGAUGACAUUUUUUUUCUUGCAUGCACAACGUAUUUCAUAAAGGACUAUCAUAUGGUUCUUAGUACAUCAAUUUAAUGAACUGAAAUAUUAUUAAAUUUUUUAUAUUUUAAUGUUUACAUUGAAUAUGUAUACUUCUACACUUUUUCAUGUAUAAAAUGGAGAUAUGAGUUGGGAUGUAAACUAAUGUUUAUCUCUUAGUAUCUCUUUUGCAUUGAAAUAAUCAUUACAAUUUGUCCAUAUAAUUAGGUUUGUUGAGUAAAGUUUAUUUUAUGGAU